UACUCCCCCCCAUUAUGUGUGCACGUUGGUACGCCCCAAGCUGCGGACGGGUUCGCGGAAGAGCCGCGGCGCGCCUGCGAGUGAGUGUGUACUUCCGCCUUUUAUUUUCUGCUUGGAGGAGUCAGAAACAUGACGGCUACACUCCGCCCGUAUCUCAACGCAGUGCGCUCCACUCUGCAGGCAGCACUGUGCCUGGAAAACUUUUCCUCUCAGGUGGUGGAACGGCACAACAAGCCCGAGGUGGAGGUCAGGAGCAGCAAGGAGCUGCUGCUGCAGCCGGUGAUUAUCAGCAGGAAUGAGAAGGAGAAGGUGCUGAUUGAGGGCUCCAUCAACUCUGUGAGAGUCAGCAUCGCGGUCAAGCAGGCUGACGAGAUCGAGAAGAUCCUGUGCCACAAGUUCAUGCGCUUCAUGAUGAUGAGAGCGGAGAACUUCUUCAUCCUGAGGAGGAAAGCAGUGGAGGGAUAUGAUAUCAGCUUUCUCAUCACCAACUUCCACACGGAGCAGAUGUACAAGCACAAGCUGGUUGACUUCGUCAUCCACUUCAUGGAGGAGAUUGACAAGGAGAUCAGCGAGAUGAAGCUGUCGGUCAACGCCAGGGCCAGAAUCGUGGCCGAGGAGUUCCUCAAGAACUUCUGAAGAGGCUCGCCUCAGUCCUCAUCCUGAUCACAUGACCAGGGUUUCAACAUGGCUUCUCCUUAGAAGGCAGGGCCAGGGGAGUGAAAACCCAGUCAAAAAGAGAACCACAAAAGAGUGGCCAAUUCAUUCCGGGGGGCCUGGCACUUGAUUGGCUGGCUGAUCCAGGCUCAUGAAUAUUAAUGUAUUCAUCUAUUAUAAUAUGUGUUUUUUUUUUUUCAUUUUCUGCAAAUUAAACAGAAGUAAAAGCAGGGCCGGUCCUCUCAAUCUGCAUAUUCAUGAAGACUGGAGAGCUAGCUGAGUGAGACUCGUGCUCCAGUAAAUUAUCAGCAGCUGCUUCUCUCUUUUAUACACAUGACUUCAUGGUUUUGUCUUUUUUUUUUUUUUUUUAAAUUGCAACAAACUUGAAAAAAAAAGUAUGCUUCUAUUUUGACAAACAAACAAUAUACUGUAAAAAUAAAACCCAUGAUGCGCU